ACAGCCAGUUAUAUUCCAGAAUAAUAUGCGUACGCCUUGUUAAAAUACGAACGGGGACCUUACAUAACAUAAAUAUUUGGCCAUGAACUGUGAUUCAAAAACCAAAAAAAGAUAAAUAAGAAGAUUCGCGAAAUUGGUUGAGUUUGAUAUAGGUAAAAGUACAGAUAUAUGCAGAAAGCAGGUGACAGCUGUCAAUCAAACGGACAAUAAGACGGAUCAACCUAUUUAAAAACUACAGCAUUGGAAACAACGAAAAUACUAUAAAAGUCAGAGUUUUAAAAUAUGCCAACCAUACGCUCCAGAUAGAUCUUUGCAUUCGAGUGCUGUUCUUUGUCCCGUAUAGUAAAUCCGCAAGAAGAAGAAAGGAUGAGUGUUCUGACCAAAGUUCACCUAAGCGAUCUUCAAAAAAAGGAAGUUACUAUGUUUCGACUUUAUUUCCUUGCCUUGGGAAUCAUUGCGUUCGCGGCGGCAGAACAUUUAUUCUGCACCUUGACAUGUUUAAAUGAAGGAGCGCAACAUGGCGCUUGCGUAAACCCGCAUGGACGACUGGGCGGUGACUGUCCAAAAACCACUAAACUGCUUAACAUGAAUAAGAAUAAGAAUGGCUACAAAAAAUUUCUACUAGACAAGCAUAACAAAUUGCGCAACUCCAUUGCUAGUGGACAAGUAGCUAAUCUGGCGACGGCGAAUAAAAUGGGUGAAAUGUUUUGGGAUCGCCAGUUGGGGUUUCUGUCCGUCUUUAGUGCGAAACGUUGCAGUCUCAGCGAUGAUUAUUGCUAUCGCACUGGCUUACUACCGAAUCCUGGACGUGUUGCGAAAAUUUUUGAAUUCUCUAACACAAGUGAGGUGAAUCCAACAAAUGUGAAAUUGAAAAUCGACGAAUGGUUUAACGAACUCAAUGAAACGGCAAAAGAGAUAAAGACUAUAUUUCCACCGCAUGAGGACAAAGUUUUGAAUAUUGCACACAUACUUGAAGAGGAAAAUAAUCGCAUCGGUUGCGCCAUGUCGCAUUGGCGCAAAAAAGCUGACAAUGUAACAAAACUAAUUUUGGUCUGUCUCUAUGCCACGGAUGUGAAAAGCAAUUUACCAUUGUAUUCUAUGGGUCCACCAGCCAGUAGAUGUCGCACAACAGAAAGCAUUUUAUAUAGCAGUCUAUGCAGUAUUAAUGAGGAAUAUGAUUACUCCGAAGGACUACCGCAAUUCAUAAAUUCACAAGCAAAAGUUACAAUAAAUAUUGCAAGCAGUACGAGAGUGUAAACGAAGAAAAGUUUCAAUAAUUCUGUUCGUUUCGCCACUUGCCGCUGCUUGCUAUGUUUUAAGCUCGGCAGUGAAAGCUUUAUAUGUAUCAAAAUAAAUAUUGAUAUUUAUGAGUCUUCUAAAAUUUGUUUCUUACUCGUUUCAAUGAAACUUUAUCGAUAACGGGUGGUAAUGGAUGGUGCUCAAUCACUUCGAACUGCGGAGGAAUGGAUCACAUACGACAAUAUCAAGCGAAAACGGCCGGUGAAUCAUCCUAAACAGUGGCCAGUGUUUAGUGGGAUUGGAAGGGAAUCAUCCACUAAGAGCUAUAUGGCCAGAUGCUUAAUUCUACCAUCUACUGCGAACAACUGGACCACUUGAAGCAGGCGAUCGACCAGAAUUGCCCAACAGGAAGGAUGUAGAGUUCCACCAGGACAACGCCAGACCACAUACUUCGUUGAUGACCCGCCAUAAGCUACGGGAGCUCGGAUGGGAGGUUUUAUCGCAUGCACCGUAUAGCACGGACAUAGCGCAAUGUGAUUACCACCUGUUCCUGUCCUUGGCGAACGCCCUUGAUCGUGUAAAGUUGAACUCAAAAGAGGCUUGUGAAAGGUGGCUGUACGAGUUCUUCGCAAAUAAGUAGCGGGCUUCUACGAGGGGAGUAUUAUGAAGUUGCCGUCUAGAUAGAAACAGAUUACCGAACGAAAGGCGCAUACUUGAACUAAAUCCGAUCACUGUAACACUUUUUUUUAUACAUAAGAGGCGA